AUGCCGCUCCUUUCGUACAACCCAUCAGUCAUGGCAAUCCUACUGAACUCGCCGGCAUGGCUUUCGAUCGAUGCUAACACUGGCCGGCUUUCUGGGACUCCCGAGGAUAAAGAUGUUCCGGCAGGAGAAGUGGUGGGCAUCCCGGUGGACAUCGUUGCAACGGAUGAUUCUGGGUCUGCUACGAUGACGGCGACUCUGGUGGUGACGAGGAGACCUACGCCCAAGCUCAAUAUCCCGUUAUCGGAGCAAAUCCAAAACUUUGGCGAUACAUCAUCUCCAUCUGCCGUCGUGGCUUCUCCUGCCUCCGACUUUUCCUUCACAUUCGCCAAGGACACGUUCUCUUAUGCUGGAGAUGGGUUGAACUACUACGCCACUUCCGCAGAUAGCAGCCCUUUGCCUUCGUGGAUCAAGUUUGACGCCGGCAGCCUCACAUUUGCCGGGAAAACACCACCAUUCGAGUCUCUCGUCCAGCCGCCCCAGAAAUUCGACUUCAGUCUUGUUGGUUCCGAUAUUAUCGGAUUCUCGGCUGUAUCCGUUGUGUUUUCGAUCGUUGUUGGUGCCCACAGAUUGACAACAGACACACCUACCAUCGAAAUCAACGCAACGCGAGGGACGAAUGUGUCAUAUACAGCACUCGCUGGUAGUAUCAAGUUGGAUGGAAAUACCACAACACCAUCCGAGCUGAACCUCACCGUAUCCGGCCUUCCGAGCUGGCUCUCGGUCGAUAAUAAUACUUUCGAAAUCCAGGGUAACCCCCCUGACGAUGCGAAAUCUUCAAACUCUACGCUCACUUUUCGGGAUGUAUACUCCGACACUCUCGACGUUAUUCUAUCGGUGUUCGUCGUCACGCGAAUCUUCCGGGACACGAACUUGAGCAUCGAGGCGACACCGGGAAAGAACUUCACAUUCGACGUGGAGCCUUAUCUAUGGACGCCUUCAGACAUUGAUCUAAGUAUCGAAUCCUCGGCAGAUUGGGUCAAGGUCGAUGGCUUGAUCAUUUCGGGAAUGCCGCCCAAGACAACAUCUCCCGAGAACAUUACAGUUAAUGUCAAGGCGGCAUCAAAAAGCUCAGAGGAGACCGAGACGGUGACGGCAGACUUGGAAGACGCUUUCGACUAUUACUGGCUCUCGUAUGUCACAGUCAAACACGAACAACCGCUCAUCAUACUGGAGGGGAUCCGAAAGAAGCCCUACGCCGAGAUCCCCGUCCGUCACGUCAUCUUGGCUUACAGAGGGCGUCCUAUUUCAUCCUCAGCACACGCAUCAGGGAUCGACGAGCACCUACGACGGCCCGAGUGA